AUGGGAGACGUACCAGAAUCAGGUUCUCCGACGGAGGAUCCAUCCCCACUGACAACUUUUCUUCGCCAGCGGUUUUCAUCUGGGCGUUCUGAUUCUAUUAUCCCUACUGAAGGUCGGGAAGGGACUAAAAUUACUAGGCUGCAAUACAGUGGAAAAGUAAUGGCAGUGUUCACUAGCGGUGGUGACGCUCCAGGUAUGAAUAGUGCGGUAAGGUCUGUUGUGCGUAUGGGCAUAUAUCUUGGUUGUACCGUUUAUUUUAUCAACGAAGGGUAUCAGGGCAUGGUGGAUGGUGGAGAUAAUAUCAGGAAAGCGGAUUGGAAUUCUGUAUCUGAUAUUAUUCAGAAAGGAGGGACUAUUAUUGGCUCGGCUCGUUGUAAAGAUUUUAGGGAACAUUCCGGACGUCUGAAGGCAGCAGAAAAUUUAAUUGCUCAUGGCAUCACAAACCUUGUUUGCAUUGGCGGUGAUGGAUCUCUUACUGGUGCAAAUCUUUUCCGUCAAGAGUUUCCUACACUUGUGCAGGAGUUGUUGAACGCUGGCCGUAUUACGAAAGAGCAGGCAGAACAGUGCUCUAACAUACAGAUUGUGGGAAUGGUUGGUUCCAUAGAUAAUGAUUUUUGUGGCACUGAUAUGACUAUUGGAACUGAUACGGCCCUCCAAAGAAUCAUUGAGGCAGUUGAUUCUGUGAUGUCUACUGCACAGAGUCAUCAACGUUCUUUCGUUAUUGAGGUAAUGGGUAGACAUUGUGGUUAUUUGGCUUUAAUUGCUGCUUUGGCGUCUGAAGCAGAUUUUUGUUUCAUUCCUGAGUGGCCUGUUCCUGUUGACUGGCCUAAAGUCCUUUGUGAGAAAUUGCAAGUUAUGCGUAAUCAGGGUCAGCGCCUAAACAUUAUUAUCGUGGCGGAAGGGGCAAUUGAUCGUGAUGGAAAAGCGAUUACUGCGGAGCUGGUGCGGUCUGUUAUUAAGAGUACCCUUCAUUAUGAUACAAGAGUUACUGUCUUGGGUCAUGUUCAACGAGGUGGAAUGCCAUCAGCUUUUGACCGACUCCUUGGUUGCCGCAUGGGAGCUGAAGCUGUAUUAGCCCUCAUGGAAAUGACUCCAGCCUCCCAGCCAUGUGUCAUUUCGAUUGAUGGUAAUUUAAUGUGCCGUGUGCCUCUUAUGGAGUCAGUUAAGCGGACGCAAGCGGUACAAAAAGCGAUGGAUGAGCAUCAAUGGCAAGAAGCGGUGAAACUCAGGGGGCACAGUUUUCAGAGGAAUUUGGACACGUACAGACUUCUCGCAAAAUUAAGAAUUCCUAAAGAAAAAGAUAAUCUUUCAGAAGGGAUGAAAUUUAACGUUGCAGUUAUGAAUGUGGGUGCCCCAGCUGGUGGUAUGAAUGCUGCUGUGCGUUCCUUUGUUCGUAUGGGAAUCUACCACCGUUGUAAAGUUUAUGGCAUCAACAAUUCAUUUGAGGGUCUGGCUGCCGGAAAUUUGAAGAUGCAAUGGAGCGAUGUGACGAAUUGGGUUAUGCAUGGUGGUUCGUUUUUGGGUACGCAAAAACAGCUUCCAGAGUCAAAAAUGCCCCAAAUAGCGAAUUCACUUGAAAAAUUCAAUAUUCAUGCACUCCUUAUUAUCGGCGGGUUUGAGGCGUACAAUGCUUGUUUGAUGUUGUAUCGCGCGCGUGAACAAUACAAAGCUUUGAGGAUUCCAAUGGUUGUUAUUCCAGCUACAAUCAGUAACAACCUUCCUGGGACAAGUAUUUCUCUUGGUUCUGACACCGCUUUGAAUGAGAUCUGCAGGAUGAUUGAUAAAAUCAAACAGUCUGCAACUGGAACAAAACGUCGUGUAUUCAUCGUUGAAACUAUGGGUGGAUUUUGUGGUUAUUUAGCGACGCUAGCUGCUUUGGCUUCUGGAGCUGACAAUGCAUAUAUUUUUGAGGAACCGUUCAACGUCAACGAUAUUUUAGAGGAUGUCAAGGUCAUCACGGAGAAGAUGAAGAAGGGAGUACAAAGGUACUUAAUAAUUCGUUGCGAGUUGGCUAACAGGAACUACACGACGGAGUUUGUCAAGCAAGUUUUCUCAGAAGAAGGGAAAGGUUCAUUUUCUACCAGGACCAACGUGCUUGGACAUGCGCAACAGGGCGGGAGUCCUACACCUUUUGAUAGGAAUUUGGGCACCAAACUUGCAGCGGUUGCUUUGGAGCAGCUUAUAAAGCAAGCUAAGGAGACGUUUGAUAAGGCGACUGAGACAGUAAAUGCUAUCGAACCUGAAACCGCUACCUUGUUAGGAUUGCAGGGAAGGGAAGUAGUUUUCACUGCCGUUGAAAAGCUUGCUACUGAGACAGAUUUUGAACAUCGUUUGCCGAAGGAACAGUGGUGGCUAAGAGUACGACCAUUGUUAAGAAUUCUAGCUCAGCACGAAGAACUUGCCAUUCAGGCUGAGGCUGAGCUUGCUCUUCGGGCCGACACAAAGGGCAUCAUUGGCUAA